UCAGGCUGAGCAGAGAGAGCUUUCCCCAUCAAAGCAUUUUAAGUCUGCUGAAACUGUACUGCUAUUUGCACAAAGAAGAAAGCAGACAGUCAUUAGGAAGUUUAGAUAAAAACUCAAGAGUGAAAGAACAUUUCCUUCAAGCUGGCCAGCAAGCUGUGUUUCAAGCAGCAUGAAUCCUCUACUCAGUACUUUGUUAUUUUCACUGCUACUUCUUCUAACCCUCAGAAUUCAGGAGCUUAUAGAGGCUUGUAGCUGUGCCCCUGCACAUCCACAGCAGCAAAUCUGCGAUUCUGCUUUAGUGAUUCGAGCAAAAAUCUCCAGUGAAAAAGUGAUUGCACCAAGUGAAGACCCUCUUCAUAUGCACAAAAUGAUCCGGUAUGAAAUCAAACAAAUAAAGAUGUUUAAAGGAUUUGAAAAGUUGAAAGAUGUUCAGUAUGUCUUCACACCUUUUGAUUCAUCUCUCUGUGGGGUGAAAUUAGAAGCUAACAAGAAGCAAUAUCUCCUUACAGGACAAAUUUUAGAUGAUGGCAAAGUUCUUAUCCAUUUGUGCAAUUACAUUGAACCAUGGGAUGAUCUGACCUUCUCUCAAAAGAAAAGUCUAAAUCACAGAUACCAAAUGGGUUGUGGGUGUAAAAUUUCUACUUGCUAUAUGGUACCCUGCUCGAUCACUACACCAAAUGAAUGUCUGUGGACAGACUGGUUGAUAGAGAGGAAGCUCUAUGGGCAUCAAGCAAAGUAUUAUGCCUGUAUCAAGCGCAGUGAUGGAACAUGCAGCUGGUAUCGUGGUGGCCCUCCUCCGGAAAAAGACUUUAUUGACAUCACUGAACCAUGAAUGAUGUAAUUUCUUUCAAAGCCCCAGGGAUUAAGUCCAUCCAACACUGUGUACUCACUGCUGCUUUGAAUUUCCACCAACUGUCUCUUGCUUAGAAACAAAAGCAAACUGUGCUGUGCAAAUAAAGUAUAGUUUGUAGAAUUGGCAGCCAGACAAGAAGAGAAAUUAAUCUCCUGGAAGUAGUUGCUCUUUGAAGUUAUUUUUUAUAAAGGAGUGCUAUGUGGAAGUACUUCUUUUUUUCUAAUAAUAUAUUUUUUUUAUCAAAAUGAAUGUACCCAUACAAAACAAGAUUAAUCAAAAUUUGGGCUCCUGGUAAUAAGAUGAAUAAAAGCAGGUUUUAAGCCAAAAUGGUACUACACUGUUUUGUAUAGCCAUUUUUCUUUGGAAUAGUGUGAUGACACAAAAGAGUUUGGACAGUAUGUAUGUAAGAUAUUACAAGUUUGCUGUAAAAAGUGUGAAAGAUUUAUUUCCUCAUUUCAGAUUA